AUUUGAAUCCAGAACAAACAAACUUGUCCUGAGGGCCAUGGGGGGGUGCUGUGCUUCUGCUCCCGUAAGCGCUGCGCAGCGAAUCGACGAUGAAUCAUACCCAGACAACGGAAAAAAACUGCGGAGAGAUGCCCUGAAAGAUGUGUACCAGUUAGGCGGAACCAUCGGCACUGGAGGCUUCUCAGUGGUCAAGCUGGCCACAGAUAGAGCCACCGGGGAGCAGUGGGCCUGCAAGAUCAUGUCGCUGCCUCGGCCGGGGCGGCAGCCGGCGCGGCGGAGGUCCAUCAUGCGAGAGGUAGACGUGCUGGUCAGGCUGGGCCUGGGGCAUCCCAACGUGUUGGCCCUGCGAGAGUACUUUGUUGAAAACAACAGGGUGUACCUGAUCAUGGAGCUGCUGCGAGGCGGCGAGCUGCUGGAUGCGGUGAACUCGCACGGAAACUACAGUGAGGCAGAUGCGCAGACCAUUUUCUCCCAGCUCAUGCGCGGCGUUCAAUACCUGCACUCUGUGGGCGUGGUGCACCGCGACUUGAAGCUGGACAACCUGCUGCUGGCAAAGAAGGGCGACAUCAGCACCGUCAAGAUUGCAGACUUUGGGGUCGCAAGGAAGCUACAUCCCAUGUAUGGCCUCAGGCAGAUGAGGACUGUGGUUGGCACGCCACAAUACAUGGCGCCAGAGGUGGUCUGUGCCAGCAAGCACAUCAUCGCCACCGCCGCCGGCACCGCAUACGGCCCAGCCUGCGACCUGUGGAGCUGCGGCGUCAUCCUGUUCAUGCUGCUGGGCGGCUACCCGCCCUUCUGGCACGAGAGCCAGCCACUGCUGCUCCGGUCAAUUUCACGUGGCAAGUUUGAAUUUGACGAUCCCGUGUGGCAGGAGGUCAGCAGAGAGGCCAAGGACCUCGUCUCCAAGCUGCUGGUGGUGGACCCAGACAAGCGGCUGACCCCUAAGCAGGUUCUGGCACACCCUUGGAUGGUGGGAUGCAGCCGGCAGGCGCGGCGGCUGCCACAGACGAGCGAGCGUAUGCGAACGGGCAUCCUCAACAGGCUACGCAAGCGCCCGAGCGAGGAGGGCCCACGGCUGCACGAUGUGAUCGCAGACGCAUCGGCAGCGGCGGCGGCAGCGGCGCUGCAGCAGCCUGUGGUUGAGUGGCCGGCCUGAACCAGUUGGAGGCGUUUGGCUUGAUGCCCAGCCUUUGGCGAGUCGCCACGGUUUUAUUGCGAGGCAGC